UAGGGGUGGGACUUAUGAGGAAUUGAAACUAAAAUAAAGGAACUCAGUUUAGAUCUUUUCCCUAGCCAUAGCUGCAGUCCUCCUUUCUGACAAGGAUGUCUGGAGUCAGAGGGUGGACGGAAGGCAGGUCAUAUGGGACAGCAGGAGGUACAGGACGACGGCCACUUCCAGCACCCCAUUUAGGACAAGAGGGUUACCUCAGGAAUAAUACCAAUCACACAGAGGAGGCUGGAAAUUCCCAGCAGCUGAUGAGAUCUGGAGGAGAACAAAGGAACCAACCAUCAACUUACCAACAACAGCAAGAGCAGCAUUUCAACUCAUAUGUCUUGAUAACUCCGAAUGAAACCAGAAGACAUCAGUUGCAGCAAAUUGCUAAGAAAGAACUAGAUGACCUGGAGCAGUGGAAGGAAAAGCACAGGCCAGGACCAAUUAAGCUGGCUCCACAGAGACUGGGUAAGCUAUUACGAAUUGCAAAAUCAAUACCUUUUUUUAUUUUUAUUUUUAUUUUUUUCUGUGUAAUAUAUGUACCAUACAUAUAUAUCCUUUAGUACAUAAGACAUCUU